UUUCAAAGCCGUUCGAUGGCAAGACGCGGCGAUGUCACAGAGCAAUAAAGCCGCAGACCGCCGGGCUCCCCGCCGCCGCCCCCGUCCGCCUGCCACCGGCGCCGCUCGCAAGUUGGCGUCCUCACGAUGCCCCGCUCCACAUCAGCAUGACCAGGCCCAAAAUGGCGCAGAGGGAGCCUCUAUGUUACCGCCGAGGGCAAACAGCUUAGUCCAGUGCAGCUUUUCCCCCAAGCCAAGGUGACAUGGAAGGACAAGGGGACGGACGGCACAACGGUCCCAAUUGCUACCGUAUUCCGCUGCCCAUCGGGAACGGCGCACGCAAUAUGGAGACCCUGGGCCUGAGGGUUUUCAUUUUGAACCAGGAGAUCAUCUUCUUCGCCAACGCCAUGAUCAGGCCGCCCGACGACGACGACGACGCGCACGACGACGACGGCAACACGGAGGACAACGACGAGGACGAAAACAUCCAGGACGAAAACAUCGAGGACGAGGACAAUAUCGAAGAGGACGACGGCAACGUCGACGACGCCGACCGGGAGGAAAACGUCGAGGACAACGACAACAUCGAGGACGAGGACGAAACGGAAGACAGCGACGGCGACGCCGACGUGGAGGACAACGACGGCGACGUGGAGGACAACGACCACGGCGCCCACCCCGACUACCACGCCGACAAUCCCAACCCCAACGACGUGCACUUGAACGACGAGAACGCCGUGCUCCUCUUCCGGAUACGCGUCAGGCCGCUGCAGCACGGCGACGUCUUCGACGACAUCUUCCUCGAGUUGCGUUUGGUCAACAACGACGACUUUGACGAGAUCGACAACAACGAAGAACAGAACGGCGACGCCAACGUGGAGAACAUCGACGACGAAGACGACGGUUUCGAAAACAACAACAGUGACGACCAAGACCGGAGCUUCCGCGACGACGACGCCGCCUUGGAAGACGGCGACUGUCGCGACGACGAGGGCUUUGAAGACAUCGACCACGAGCGCCAAAACCUCCGCGACGGCGGCGUCGUCGGGGCCGUCGCCGACGAGGAGAGGAAGGAUCCGGUGGGCCCCGAAGUCUCGGACGAUCCUCUGCCCGGACCGUCGGGGGAGAGUUCCGUCCAGGACCGGGACGACGCCGACGGGGGCAAACAAUUCCAGUGGUGGGACGAGUCCAAUUCCGACACUUUUUCCGACAACUCGGGCGAAGAAGAGGACCGGCCCGACCGCCGCGACGCCUCCAAGCGGCGGUCGAGCGACGACGUGGAUUGGCAAGACGACAGAGGGGGGGGCAAGAAAACCCGCAAGAAGAACUUCCUGUCCAACUCGGAGGACGAGGACUUUGGCCGUCGCUCGAGCGAGCGGGACGCCGACCGGGAAUCGUCCAGGAAGAGGCGGCGCGGAGAGGGAGGAGCGCCGUGCGAAACGGGAAGCGACCAGAAGCGUUUUCGACACGACGACGCCUCUGACAGCGACUCGGACGACGCCCGGCCCGAGCCUCGGAGGACCGCCGCCCCCCCGGACGGCUCGCGAGACCACCGGGAGGACCGAAGCGCGGACGGCCGGAGAGAUUUUGCGCCCUCGCGAUCCACGAGCCCAGCGGGGAGAAUUCCGCCCGUCGCUCGGAAUCGCUGAUUUGAUGGCGGCUCGGAGCGGUCGAGGCCGAAGUGACGUGCGCCGCGACCG